AUGGAUUCAAAAAUUACCGAACAUCAAUGUACAGAUAUAAUACCACCAAAGGACGAAAGUUUAUCCAACCAGCAAACUUACUUUAUAGCUCAUGCUAUCAAUGAAAUACCUCUGUCUAAACGUUCCCCUUUCCUAAUACAAAAAUUGUUCCAAUCCACCAUCGGAAAUUUGAAAAAAAUUCAAAAGUUGAGAUCAGGAGACCUGCUUUUACAAACAACCUCACCCCAACAAUCGGCAAAACUUCAGUCAACAAAGACCUUGGGAGAUAUAGAAGUCACUAUAACACCACACAUGAGUUUAAACUCAUCACGUGGUGUGAUAUCUGAGGCAGAUUUGAUGUCUGAAANGUCAACAAAGACCUUGGGAGAUAUAGAAGUCACUAUAACACCACACAUGAGUUUAAACUCAUCACGUGGUGUGAUAUCUGAGGCAGAUUUGAUGUCUGAAAGUGAAUCAGAUAUCCAGAUAGGCCUUUCAGACCAAGGUGUCACUGCCGUCAGACGCAUCUCUAUCCGGCGCGAUGGCAAGUUGAUACCUACAAAACAUCUUAUAAUCACGUUUAACAAGCCAACAUUGCCAUCUUCUGUUACAGCAGGAUAUCUCCGUUGUCAAGUUCGCCCAUACAUUCCAAAUCCACUGCAUUGCUUUAAAUGCCAGCGGUUUGGACACUCACAAACAUCUUGCCGUGGGAAAAGUGCAUGCGCCCAGUGUGGAAAAGAAGAUCAUGAGAGUACUGAAUGUACAACUACUCCAUGCUGCGUCAACUGCAAAGAAGCUCACCCUGCCUACUCCAGAAAAUGUCCUACAUGGCAAACAGAAAAAGAGAUACAGCGGGUGAAGACUGUAAAUAAUAUACCUUACCCGGAGGCACGUCGCAUGGUCACUUUAAGUGCACCAGUGAGACAGAAAACAUUUGCUGCUGUUCUGAAAUCCACAAAGACAUGUGGAGUUCAGACAGACAUUUCUGUUUCACCAGAUGAAUCGCUAACAUGCCAUGCAAAAUGUUUGUUGAUACAAUCUACCCAAACAGCUGAAAGGGAGAACAAGAAAAGCAAAACACCCCUACCUAAAACAGGGGUAACAACCAGGAAUGUGGGUUCUAAAAAAGCUAGCAAGAACCCACUAAACAAACAGAGAGUGAAAGCAGCUCUCUCUAAACCUAAAAAUUCAAAGGCUCAGUCUAUGAGUGAGUUCUCUGACUUCUCUGAUGAAGAGAAUAAUAAGGGGGUGACACCACCAACUUCACCUCCAAAAGGCAAAUCAGCUGUGAAAUUAAAGAGAGAUAACCUUGUUAAAAAUGCUGCCUCAAACACAUAAUGGAUUAUAAAAUACAGUAGACCCCCCUAUAACGCUUAGAUACGUUCCAAGCUAACCGAAAAUUACGUUGUAGGA